AUGGCAUCACCAUGCACAGAAUUUCGUGUCGUCAAUGAGGAUAAUUUGGCUGAAUGGAAAGAGCAGCAUGACAAUCAUCCACAAAAUCAAUAUGGUAUAAAAUUUCGUUACUUCAAUCAUUUGAAAAUCGAAGAAGAAUUAAAAAAUUCAAAGCAAUUUUGUCAAGCAUUAUCUAUGGUUGAAGAUUUGAUUGACAAUGAUAAUCUAUGUUGUUAUUAUUCAUAUGUAUGCAAUGUUGAAUUACGUUUUAAAAAUAUUUUUAAUUUUGAAGAAGCAAAAAAUGUUAUCACCAAAACAAGAAUGUUCAUUGUCAAUCUAUGCAACUUAAUCGAAUUUAUAAUUGGUGUUUUGCCGAAUGAAUAUUCAAUUUUUCGCGGUGAUCCAUUCGUGACUAACCAUUAUCGCGAUCAUAUUAUGAUUGAUAAAACAUUGAUUAAUGAUUUUUGCGUAAAUCAAACAGGUUCAACUGCUCAAUUGGAUAUGGAAGUUUUCUUCGUAUUCGCAAAAAUUCUUCGUGAAUUAAGUCAUGCAUUAUCAUAUCACUGUGCUCGUGUAUAUUUGACAAAUGAAAAAGAUAUAAAUAGAAAGUUUGAAACACCAAAGACACAUUGUUUACAAGGUGAAUCUGGCGAUGCAAUUGAGCGCCUCCUAUUCGGCUCUGUAAUUGAUGCACCUAGCCGAAUGCAAGAUGAUAAAUAUAUUAUUCAAUAUUUAAUUUUAUCUGAUGGUCGAAUAUCAGCUGUUGUUGAUGAAAUUUGGAUCAGGUCCUUUGUGAAUGACGCUUUGAAUGUGCAUAAAUUAAAAACAAUUGACUCAAUUGAACCUAUACCAUUUAAAUUUUUAACAAAAAAUUUAAAAAGAAAACUUGAAUGUGGACCAAAAGAUUUUCAUACAAAAAGAACAUGUUCACAACGGACAAUAUCAGAUCUUGAUUGGAGUGAUAUUGGCGAUAUUGAAUGCCAACUAACUUAUACGACUGUUAAAGUGUAA